AUGCCGCCACAUCUGCACCCAAAGUCUCGGUCAACGAGUACCCUCUUCGCAGGGACCCUGCUCGCGUCCCUUGUCGUGGUUGGGCUACCUCACUUGUUCCCCUGCCCAGCCCCGCGACGCACUUUUACCGAUUCAGAUAUGGCCAUGGCUGCCGAUGGACAACAAGUACCGCGCAUGCGCCGGCGGAGGAGGAAGGAAACCGAGCUAGACUCUGACUCGGGCCCCUCUGUCUACCCCACGGCGCCGAGCACCGCGGAGGAUGAGGUCUCGACCUUCUUCGAAAUGGAGGCAGAGGCGAAGCGGAUGGCACAAGUCGGACACGAAUGUCCAGUACCAAAGCCCAAGGGCGUUCUCGGAGAGCUUCUUGGAUUCCGCAAUGCGCGUGCAAUUGAUCCUGCCCAUACACAGACUGGCAAGUCGCUUGAUGAAGGCCGAUAG